GGCGGCAACGGGAGGAGGUGCCCGUCAGUCAUCUGCAGAGCAACGUUGGGGGUUGAGCCUUGCGCGUGGUGGUGGUGGAGGAGCCUUCGUGGUCCCGUGAGCGUUAAGUGAUCAUUGCCAAUUAGGGUUCUCGGUUAUAACCGCCCGGUGGGGGUUGUGUGUAGGUCUCCAUUUGACGAAGGCGGUCUAAAUCCGUUGGGGCGCGGGUCGAGCCGGGCGAAGACGAGGCCACGUCUACGGUCCAGCCCAGGAGCAGUGUCGCCAUAACGCAACUGAGAGCGAUGGCGCCUGGGAGGAUGGCGCUGGUGGUGGUGGUGGCGGUGUGCUGCGUGGCGCUGUGCCGCGCAGCCGAGGACGACAAGGAGAAGGAGAACAUGGGCACGGUGAUCGGCAUCGACCUGGGCACCACCUACUCGUGCGUGGGCGUGUUCAAGAACGGCCGCGUGGAGAUAAUCGCCAACGACCAGGGGAACCGCAUCACGCCGUCAUACGUCGCCUUCACGGCCGAGGGGGAGCGCCUCAUCGGCGAUGCCGCCAAGAACCAGCUGACCUCCAACCCCGAGAACACCGUGUUCGACGCCAAGCGGCUCAUCGGGCGCUCGUGGACGGACCCCACCGUGCAGCACGACAUCAAGUUCUGGCCCUUCACGGUUCUGGAGAAGAAGGGGAAGCCCCACAUCCAGGUUGAGGUGAUAGCCGGCGAGUCCAAGACCUUCGCCCCGGAGGAGAUCUCGGCCAUGGUGCUCACCAAGAUGAAGGAGACGGCCGAGGCCUACCUGGGCAAGAAGGUGACGCACGCGGUGGUGACCGUGCCCGCCUACUUCAACGACGCCCAGCGACAGGCCACCAAGGACGCCGGCACCAUCGCCGGCCUCAACGUGCUGCGCAUCAUCAACGAGCCGACUGCAGCGGCCAUCGCCUACGGGCUGGACAAGAAGGAGGGCGAGAAGAACAUCCUGGUGUUCGACCUGGGUGGGGGCACCUUCGACGUGUCGCUGCUCACCAUCGACCACGGCGUGUUCGAGGUGGUGGCCACCAACGGAGACACCCACCUUGGUGGCGAGGACUUUGACCAACGCGUGAUGGAGCACUUCAUCAAGCUGUACAAGAAGAAGACUGGCAAGGAUGUGCGCAAGGACCACCGCGCAGUGCAGAAGCUCCGCCGCGAGGUGGAGAAGGCAAAGCGCACGCUCUCCACGCAGCACCAGGCGCGCAUCGACAUCGAGUCCUUCUACGACGGCGACGACUUCUCCGAGACGCUCACGCGCGCAAAGUUUGAGGAGCUCAACAUGGACCUGUUCCGCUCGACGAUGAAGCCGGUGCAGAAGGUGAUGGAGGACUCGGACCUGAAGAAGACGGACAUCGACGAGAUCGUGCUGGUGGGUGGCUCGACGCGCAUCCCCAAGAUCCAGCAGCUGGUGAAGGAGCUGUUCAACGGCAAGGAGCCGUCGCGCGGCAUCAACCCCGACGAGGCGGUGGCCUACGGCGCCGCCGUGCAGGCUGGCGUGCUGUCCGGGGAGGACAACACCGGCGACCUUGUGCUGCUGGACGUGUGCCCCCUGACCCUGGGCAUCGAGACGGUGGGUGGCGUCAUGACCAAGCUGAUCCCUCGCAACACCGUGGUGCCCACCAAGAAGUCGCAGAUCUUCUCGACGGCCGCCGACAACCAGCCCACCGUCACCAUCCAGGUGUUUGAGGGCGAGCGCCCCAUGACCAAGGACAACCACCUGCUGGGCAAGUUCGACCUGACGGGCAUCCCGCCGGCCCCGCGCGGGGUCCCCCAGAUCGAGGUGACCUUCGAGAUCGACGUCAACGGUAUCCUUCGCGUGUCCGCAGAGGACAAGGGCACGGGCAACAAGAACAAGAUCACCAUCACCAACGACCAGAACCGCCUGACGCCCGAGGAGAUUGAGAGGAUGGUGUCCGACGCGGAGCGCUUCGCUGACGACGACAAGCGGGUGAAGGAGCGCGUGGAGGCUCGCAACGAGCUGGAGAGCUACGCCUACUCGCUCAAGAACCAGAUCGGCGACAAGGAGAAGCUGGGCGGCAAGCUGUCGGACGAGGACCGCGAGACCGUCGAGAAGGCCGUGGAGGACAAGAUCGCCUGGCUCGAGGGCCAUCAGGAGGCCGACACGGACGACUUCAAGGCGCAGAAGAAGGAGCUGGAGGAGGUGGUGCAGCCCAUCGUGAGCAAGCUGUACGGCGGAGCGGGGGCCGGCCCCGGUGGGGAGGACGAGGGAGGGGAGGAAGGGGCUGACAAGGACGAGCUGUGAGGCGGCGAUGGUGGGAGGCGGAGUCGGAACGACACCCACGGCAAUCGCCGCCACCCCUCUGUCGGCCAACCACGACCUCUCUGGACUCUGUAAAGUUUCCGCUGUGUUUGUUGCCUUUGUCGUUCAAUGAUUGAGCUGGAGAGAGACAGUGCCCCCCCCCACACCCCUGCAUUGGUUUGGGUUCAUCGGAUAUUUAAACCCUGCCUAGUGGUGGGCCCCUAGCACUUGGUGGCGGGGUGGACCCCAGAUCUGCAUGUGGUGUGGGUCAUGCCACCCAGGAGACGGCGGUGGUACCAAUGCUGGCUUUGCCUCCUUCUCCCCCCCCCCCCCCCCCCCCCCACUUUCCCUUCCCUUAUUCAGCCGGGGAUUUGUCAAACUUGAGAGUUUGCCAGCCCAGCAGCAGCACCGCCGUAUGGUCACCAAGCGGAUCGGCCUCUCCCAGUGCUCCAGGUGCCCAGGAUAGAGGGGUGGGUGGUUGCGUUAGUGAGACGAUUAUCUCGGUUUAAGUUAUUGCAGAGCAGCAGGGACGGCGACCGUUCAGACCCGAUGCAGUGGGGGACUCGACUCGACGGCAAAACGGAGAAUAAACGGAAACGCGAGAUGAGGCCCGCGUGUGACCCGUGGUGUUUAUUUACAAGCGCCCGCCCUCCUUGGGUGCAAUUCUGAUGCUCCACACUGCAACAACCCCGAUUCUAAAGUCUUUAUUUGGACUGCAUGAGGAGUGAAUCUGAGUUUGUUUUCAAAUGGUCAUUUACAACGGGCAGGCUGCAAAAAACCCGAUGGGUGUACAAAAUAGAGAAAAUGGGAAGAAAGUCACGGCAAAUACAAUUCGUUGUAUACAGUCUGUUCUAUAACGUGGUGGUAGCAUUCCUGCAGAACACACCGCGUUAUGCCAUAAUCACGUAACAAUAUAGUGAAGCGGUCUGCGUCUAACACGUGAUGUGUAAUGCUGGCCGAACAAAGCCCGAGGGUACUGUGAGGAUCCAGCAGCAUCUCGGUGUCUUGUGCAGUGACGUUAUGCUGAGGCGGCUCUAACAACCACGUGGUCCUACCUGCGUGCCCGUAGUUGUGUUUGCUCUCGUGUUUAUACAUCCAGUUUGCGUUUAUUAAAACACGCGAUUAUAGAACAGACUGUCAGAUGUCUCAAGAUUGUUAAAGGCAGCCACGACAAAGCCAGGCCACACCGAGCACCACUGGUUCCCGUGUUGAACGUAUGGAGUGACGCUUCACAUUGGGGGUCAAGGCUCUCGCGCUUGCGUCCCCUACGCAGUGUGCGUGCCGAUCCUUGGCAUGCUUGUGCUGCGUGUAACGGCCUCGUCUACGAUACAAUACAACGCGGGGCUGGUGAGGAAUCCUUGUGAGCGUCGCCUCUGCAAACGCAUUUGUUCUGCCACGGACAUGGCCUGGUGUCAUCGACUGCUGAGAGAAGGACCCCUCCCCAAGCUCUCGCCGCCUCUCUCAAUCCCACGAUUUGUAAUAAUAAUCCACCCGGCCAGCUGCUCUGUGCACACGAGCAGAUUUGUAACAGCUCCAUCUCCCUUGCAACCCUUGCCAUAUAUGAAGAGUGAACACUUGGGGCUGUUGCCUGUACUGAAUAAGAACCACAGCCAUACAUUUUGGUGGUGUGAUCACCCAGCCACUUGGCCUCCCCGGCUGGUGUGGUGUUUUUUGGCAAGGCCGCCUGCACGCCACUGCGUUGGCGGCGGUGUUACCAGCAAACACCGUUCUGGUGAUGUGGGCAAGGCAAUUUGGGGAUACUACGGUUGCCAGCCUGCAGACAUUGCGAUGGGCCGUCUUAUAUUUACGAGGGUAUUUGUUCAGGAGGAGGGUUUUUGGGGUUGGGGGGGGCAUGGAAGACGUGUCAGUCGGUGACCUGUUGGAAUCCUUUUACUUUUGGUUUCCCCACGUGCUUUUUUUGUGCCGUUUGUUAAAA